GCUAGGAACGCUGCGAAGAGAAUUUGUUUCCGCGAUACCGCUGCGAAUCUAGUGGGUUCACGUUAUUUUCGGAUCGGUUGGAUGAUACAGUGAACGUGCGCGACCGACGAGAUUAACUGCUGCUUCUUCGUGUUCUUCGUUCUGCGCCUUCGCCUUCCCGUGGGACUCUUAGUGUUGGGUUCGUUGAGUUGAGGAUUGGAUUUCUCUGACAGAACGAAAACAACACACACCGCAAAAUGCCUUCCAGUGAUCCUUUGCCACCGAAGGAAAGUGCCCUGUUCCGUAAGAUACUGAAAUGUUACGAAAUGAAACAAUACAAAAAUGGACUGAAAUUGGCCAAGCAAAUUCUUACGAACCCGAAGUUCACGGAACAUGGCGAAACGCUCGCCAUGAAAGGUUUAACGUUAAACUGCCUCGGGCGCAAAGACGAGGCGUACGACCAUGUGCGCCGGGGUUUGCGCAACGAUCUGAAGUCCCACGUCUGCUGGCACGUGUACGGAUUGCUGCAACGAUCGGACAAGAAGUAUGACGAAGCUAUCAAGUGCUACCGAAACGCGCUCAAAUGGGAGAAGGACAACAUACAGAUCUUGCGCGAUCUGUCUCUGCUGCAAAUUCAAAUGCGCGAUCUCGAGGGCUACCGGGAAACGCGGCACCAGCUCUUCAAGCUUCGGCCCUCCCAGCAUGCCAGCUGGAUUGGCUUUGCAAUGAGUUACCAUCUACUCGGAGAUUACGAGACAGCCAUGAACAUACUGGAGACGUUCCUUUCGUCGCAAACCAUGGACACGUUCGAUUACAAGCAUAGCGAGCUGUUGCUGUACCAAAACAAUGUAAUUCAGGAGGCCGGCAACUACGAGCAAGCGCUGCAGCAUCUGAAGAAUUACAAGCAGCAGAUACUAGACAAGUUGGCCGUGCAGGAAUCGAUGGGCGCACUGUGCCUUAAGCUUGGUCGUCACGAGGAAGCGGUACCCAUCUUCAAGGAACUAAUCGAACGGAAUCCGGACAACACGGAAUAUUAUCUGAAGUACAUGGAAGCCAGCAAGCUUUCUAAUGCGUCGGACCUCAUCCAGGCGUACCGUGCGAUGCAAAGCGAAUAUCCGCAAUCGUUCUGCGCUAGGCGGUUACCGCUUGACAUCGCUAACGGCGACACGUUCCGAGCGUUGGCCGACGAGCAUUUAAGACGAAACCUACGGAAAGGAGUACCGCCGUUGUUCGUAAAUCUUCGCUCGUUGUACCGUGACAAAGAGAAGGUGAAAACGAUUGGCAAGCUCGUCGAAUGCUACUAUCAAAAUUUAACAAGUAGCGGCUUCUUUUCCGCCGAAGACGCCGCCAAUGCUGACUUACGCAAGGAACCGGCGUCAGCGCUCCUGUGGACGAUGUACUACCUCGCACAGCACUACGACUAUCUGCGAGAGUCGGAAAAGGCACUUGAUUUCAUCAAUGCUGCGAUCGAACACACGCCCACGCUAAUAGAGCUGUUUGUAACCAAGGGCCGAAUCUACAAGCACGCGGGCGACGUGUUAGAAGCGGUUAAGUGGCUAGAUGAGGCUCAGAGUCUCGAUACAGCCGAUCGGUACAUUAACUCGAAAUGCGCUAAGUAUAUGCUACGUGCCAAUCAGAUCGAGGAGGCGGAAGAUAUCUGCGCAAAGUUUACGCGUGAAAGUGUAUCCGCGAUGGAGAACCUUAACGAAAUGCAGUGCAUGUGGUUCCAGACGGAGUGCGCGCUAAGCUACCAGCGGCUCGAAAAGUGGGGCGACGCGUUGAAAAAGUGUCACGAAGUAGAUCGACACUUUUCAGAGAUAAUCGAGGAUCAGUUCGAUUUUCAUACGUACUGCAUGCGCAAAAUGACCUUGCGGUCAUACGUGGGAUUGUUGCGACUGGAGGACGUUUUGCGAAGACAUCCGUUCUAUUUCAAGGCGGCAAAGUGUGCGAUUGAGGUUUAUUUGCGACUAUUCGAUAAACCAUUGGCCGCUGAAUCAGCAGUAGAAGAACUAGAUAUUGAAAAUUUGCCACCGCCAGAGUUGAAGAAGCUACGCAACAAGCAGCGAAAAGCGCAAAAAAAGAAAGCCGAACAGGAGAACGCUCAAUCGAAAGAAAAUCAGAAAAAGGAGCAACAUAUCAGGAAGCAACUAUACGAUGGUGCCGAUCCAGAGGCGCCUCAGCUGGACGAACUGGUACCGGAGAAACUAGCUCGACCAGAUGAUCCACUGGAGAAGGCGAUAGAGUUUUUGAAGCCAUUGCAGAUGCUGGCCAAAGACAACAUCGAGACGCAUCUGAUGGCGUUCGAAAUUUAUCUGCGCCGUAACAAGCUCUUGUUGAUGUUGCAAUCCUUGAAACGUGCUCGAAAAAUCGAUGCCAGCAAUCCGAUUCUUCACGGUUGCAUUGUUCGGUUCCAACGGGUGCUUGAGCAACGCCUCGCUGCCACGGACAACGCCGUUGAUCCAAGCGUCCGUAUAGUGAUCGAUCGCGAGCGAGAAAAUUUGUUCCAUGGUCAGCAGAAUGCUACAUCGUUAAAUGAUGCCUAUCUGCAGUCUAACCGUGACAAUUUAGAAGCUGUAUAUGAGGCGGCUAAAAUAAUGUAUACACUGGACGAGAAGCGGCGAGAUGAAGCGCUUGGUCUACUAACGGGUGUUGAUUUGAAGCAGGUUCCUCUGGAGAAAGCAACAAAGUUAUUCCUGUUGCUGAAGUCCGGCUACUUUGGCCCCUGUGAAGACCAACUAGCUGCGUUCAAGAAGCUGUGCCAGAAACGGUACCCACUGGCUGUGGUAUUUGCCGAUGUAACAGCUACUCCCGUCACGACCCUGACAACGACACAGUCAUCCAGUGCGGAAAGCACUCAGACGACGGUAACUGAUAGCGGCAGCUCGGGACGUGUUACGAUGGCCACCAGUGCGCUUGGCGCUUCCGGCGAGAAAUCAACGAAAAAGCAAAACAACGGUCCGCAAUUCAAAUCAAACUAACAAUUAUCCACCCAGCCAUUCAGAAUGCCACCAAACGCAAUUGCGUGUGCGAUGUGUGUCUCCGCUGUCGAGAAACCUGGCGCUGCUCUUAUCGGGAUAGUUUUCAUCAUUUCGCGGUCACGGGUCUCGGCAGGGUGGCAAAGAACAAAGUGUAUGUAAAGAUAUGUAUUCUCAGGAGGGAGACCAACUACUCAACACCAUCCAAAUCCUCAAAACUGCAAUAGAGACGCUUGUGGACAAUUUUACUUUCUCCGCCAAUCCGCGUAAUGUGUCCUUUAUUCUUUUGUUUGUGAAAAUGAAGCUGAAAUAGAAACGCAAUAGUCGAAAAAAAAACAACACGGGAUCGGUUAUUGGAGUUUUCUACGCUAAGAGAGGGGUUGGGAAAGGGAUUAGUUUAUUCGCUAAGGAUGGCUUUUAUGUUUCUACGAUGCAGUCGGUGUAGCAGAAAAGAAGUGAUCAUAUGAUUUCAGCAAAUACCGAUAAUGAUAGUUGCUGACCGUUUUCAUGUGUUUGUGUGUGAUUGUUAGGAACAAAUCAGCGAUGGAAUAGCGUAACGUCGAUUUACUACGAAAUUCGGAGACAUUUGAAUCAUUUGCCCACCAUUCACAUGAUUGAUCAUGGAACAUUUUUUUUAGGAACGAUGGUGUUCAAGUGAGAUUGCUAAUAAAAUUACAGUUACAGUAAGUACGUUAGUUCUGCAUUUCUAAUCUGUUCCUAUUUCUGCUCGUAAUUCGUACUCAGCAGUAAAGCUAAAUAAACCAGUCAACUUCUAACGUGUGGAACGUGUUAGCAAGGCUAUAUAACAAGUUUAUUUAACUAUCUUUUUUGCGUCAUCGAAUUUGAACAAAACAUUACGUAAACGGUCUUUGAGUAGUACAAUUUUUUUAUCAAAUUCAAUGACACAAUAGCUAUAAUUAAUUCAUCUGAGCUUAUGUAAUAUGUUAGUUCAGUAAGCAUAGGAAUUUGCCGUAAGUUCCCUUGUCACGUUUACAUAAAAUAAUAAAUUG